CGGAGGGAAUAAUCCGCGCCGCCUCAUUAGAGCUUCCCCGCAGACCCGAGCCCAGACUUGUCAUUGUGAUGGGGCUUGGAGAGGAGCCUGGCGUCGCUGCCUCGCUUUUGGACAGCGAGAAAUCCUAUUCCACGCAGGGAAGUUGAAUGGUGCUUGCUGGCGAGCGGCGGGGAAAAUAGCCGAGGCGAGAUUUAUUACUUAAUUCUCAGGAACGUCGCUUCCGCCUGACAGCGAAUUUGAGCAGCCGGCUGUGGAUUUUGUAUUUGCUUCCCCGCAAACAAACAAAGGUUAGUCGGGUGGCUUUGGCUUUUUUGGAAAGAGUCCUAACCCUGGACCCGUGUCAAAGACACAUGCCCGCCGUUCGCCAUGGGAUUGACGAAUUCUUAGCUGUUUUGUGAGCGCUCUCCGUUCUCCACUCGCCCUUCACUCUGAAGUCUACAUAUAUGAAAUGGAAAAUCGAGGGCUGUUCUGCACCCUUUGUUACCUGAUGUUCAAUGCCCCUCUGCUGUUCGUGGUGAACGCUACCUUUACUGAAGUUCCCAAAGAUGUGACUGUUAGGGAGGGAGAUGAUAUUGAGAUGCCUUGUGCUUUUCGAGCCAGCGGAUCCACCUCUUACUCCUUGGAAAUCCAGUGGUGGUACCUUAAAGAGCCAGCCAGAGAACUUGCACAUGAAUUAGCCAUGAGUGUCCCUGGCAGCAGGAGCAAGGUAACAAAUAAGGAUGCAACUAAAAUCAGCGUACGGCACCUAUUUAUGCUACAGACCCACUCCUAUAUAUGUUCCUGUUAAUACUGCAUAAGCUUGUACCUUUAUUAGUAAACCACUGAUGGACUACUUCCUCAGCUACUCCUCAGCCAAACAAAACGGAACCUAUUUAAAAACAGAGCAGACCUUUGUCAAAAAUACCUGCAGUUUUAAAGAUGGACAGAAAGAGACUGAAAGAAGCAUGAUAAAUUCUAAAUGGGAGGGGGGGAAAACAUAUUUUUGGGGAUGCCACAAAAAGUAAACCACAUAAAAUAAUGCAUCUCGUUUCCAGACUCUCUGAUGUAACGCCCUGCUUUGUGCAUGGCACUUCUGAUUUCUCUAUUUUAAUGUAAUUUUUUUUUUUCUUUUUCUAAACCUUUCCUCUGACUCUUCAUUUUGCACGAACUGUUGAGCAGUUAUCUUUAUGACAAUAUGUAAAAAUGUUGGGUCAAAGCCCUUCCUAAGAAAGGAAAUAUUUUUAGUAGAUUAUUGUGCUUAGGUUUUUUGGAUUUCCUUUUUCUUUUUUUAAUUAAAUUAUUUCUUUUUGAGACCUUUCAAUUAAAAAGGCACAUUUUACCAUAAUUAAUAUUCACUGUCGAUAAUAUUUAUUUUUAAAUGAAGAUUGGAAACAAGGUAAGACACUUGUUUAUAAACUGUAUUGUAUAUUGCUGAAUAACAGUUGAAUAAAAAGAUUUUGAAAUAAAGUUUUUA